UGUCAAAAUAAAAUCAGCAGGACUUUUGUAAAGGUGUCGGUGUUAUAUGUGAAAACAACAAAUUUUAAUAAUAUAAGUGUCCAGAAAGAACUGUUAACCACCUGCAUAGUACGGAAAAUUACGGAAUUUGACGGUGGUGAAAUUUUAAGGUUAUCUACCGUUAUAUUUGAAUUUGAAGAAAAUGUCCAUUAAAAUCUUGUUCGUUAUUCCUGCAACUUGUAAAAGUGAGCAAGAAUGUUCAAAAGUUAUGCUUGAAUCGUACAGUGCUGCAGUUAUAUAUGAACUUGAUACAAAGUGGAUAAAUGAAACAGACAGUAAUAUUGAAACUGGUAAAACUGAUUUUAUUAUAUUUGAAAAAUUUGAAGGGCCCUUCUACACAAAAGUAUUACAUUCCAAGAGUGUCAGAAUUUUAUCUCCCCUGUGUUUACUGCAAUGCAUAGAGCAAGCUAAACCAAUUCCUAAUUCAGAUACACCACUUGUCAGUUUGGCACUGGAAAAUUGCAUAGUGGUAUGCUCCUGCCUUCCAAAAGACUGCAAACGCGAUUUAAAAUGGAAAGUGCAAGCUAUGGCCGGCUUAUUUUCUGGGAAAUUGGUUUCAGACACAACUUAUUUAAUCACUGAUGGCGUAAAAUCAGAAAAAUUUAAUGUUGCUGUGACCAUGGGAAUCAAAAUAAUGAGCGUUGAGUUUAUCGAUGCGUUGUGGGAAGCAAGCAAAACGCGUGGGAUCCAUGCCUCUCAUGAUGAAUUUCAAAAAUUUACCUGUCCAGUAUUUCUAAAUCUGAAUAUCUGCAGCACAGGAUUUAGUAAGGAUGAAAUUCAGGUUCAAAAACUGGUUGAACAACACGGUGGACGAUUUUCUUCCGCAAUGGACGUGAGUAAAACGGAUAUCUUAGUUUGUAAGUCGUCUACGUCAACCACUUCGGCCAAAUAUAAAACAGCGAUGAAGAAAAACAUCGACUGUGUGACUGAAGAUUGGAUUUUGGAUAGUGUCAAAAAGGGAUACGCAUUACCGAACGUAAAGGACUAUGCUGUGAAGGCUGCUACAUCAACACCAACAAAAAACGAGGCAUUUGUUGAUCCGAACUUUUCACAAAUGAGUAUGAUUAUUAAGCCUACUUCGAGUCAAGCUGUAUCACCGAAGUUGAUCGAACAGACGAUGAAUAAUAGUAAUUUCUUGGUCGCAACGAAACGAAAAAGUCCCGCCACAGCUUUUGAUUCUGUUAUUGAUAAUAUUGAUAUUAAAAGAGCAAAAACAUGUGGGUUGUUUUUAGAUGGUUGUGUGAUAUUCGUGGCGGGUUUUAAGACUGAACAGAAAGAAAAAUUGUGUAAGAUACUAAAUUUUAGUGGAGCUGUGCCUUGUUUCUCAUUGAAUGAUCGAAUCACGCAUGCAAUCAUUGGCAAUCCUAAGUGCCAUGAAUUUAAACAAAUCACAAGCAAAAAUUUACCAUGUGCUAUUGUUGAUGUCAAAUGGCUGGUAGACAGUAUGAAUGAACAGAUGCCAGUCGAUGUUGACAAGUAUUUGAUAACUAGCGAAAAUUGCACGCAACAAAGCAAUACCUCAGGAAACAAUUCACCACUUAGCAAGAAAGGAUUGAGUUUCCUACGCGCGGAUGUUACUAUUUUGGAAUCUCAUCCAGAAAAAGUAGACAACCCGCCACCUGUUGAGACUAAUGAUCAAGACGAUGAGGUACUGCAACGUUACAUGAAUUCCAUGCAAGGAAGCAACAGUGUUGAUGAUGCACUCGCUGCUUUCACUUUAAAUCCCCAACCGAAUCAAACAAACAAAACAUCAGCCGAUAAACACAAUUCCUGCACCCCGAAUCCCAAAACUAGUGAUGCAUUUAAAGCAAACGCAAGUUCUCCAAGUAUUAGUAUCACGAUUGAAGAAAGUAUGGCACCGAUUUUCAGCAAUCUAAAGUUCAUAGUUUUAAACUAUACCGAAGAAGAAGAAGAAAGUAUGGUAGAACAGAUUAAAGAGAUGCAGGGGACAGUGGUUGGAAAGAACUUUAAGGGCAUACCUGACUAUGCGAUUGUCCCGAUUAACAAUCAAAGUUUGCAACAUACCGCAACUAAUAUUGUUACAUUUCUCUGGUUGUCUGAAUGCUUGGAACAGAAAUGCCUUCUUACCGAAUUGGAAUACUACCAUCGUCCGUUUCCUUCUACGUCAGAUGCCUUGAAGGGUUUGUGUAUUACGUUUAGUGGAUUAGGUCGGUACGAGAAAGAGUUUCUUUCACAUAUCAUUGAUCAGCACGGCGGUGUGCAACAGGAUUGGAUGUCACGAAAUGCAAUCCCAGCAAAGAAUACCCUGGCAACAACUCAUUUGAUUUCGAAUGAACCAAGCGGAAAGAAAUAUGAAGGCGCCUUGAAGUGGGGUUUGCCGGUUGUUCACAAGGAAUGGCUGCUGAAAUGUGUGGAAGAGAGAAAGCGUGUCAACGAAGAGGAGUAUAUUCUUAGAAAGGACAAAGAAGGCAUUGACGCCUCUGUUACUGUUUCAACACCAGUUAGGAAGCGUACCACUGAAGUACCAGAAGUUUGUGCAACUCCGCCUAAUAUGGGAAUGGGUCCAUGCAGUCAAAUUACUCCCGUGAAUGAAAUAAUGGCACGGGUACGGAAAAUGUGCGGUGGAAUGGUGACUCCCGGCGGGCAAGCGGGUACACCUGAAACACCUGAUGGUAAUAAUUCACGGAUGGAUAUUGCUACUCCUGAUACUCCCUAUGGAGCGAUAUUCCAAAACCCACCGCCAGCAGAUGUGCGAAAGAAGUGGAAACGUUGGGUGAUGAAUAUGCCAUCACCGAAAGCAAGUCAAAGCACGCCGUUGUCCGAAAUCAAACGACAGUUUUGGUCGAAAUACAACAGCUCGCAUUCCAGUAGAGAGUCACAGAGUGGAGAUUUACGAAAGGAAUUUCCUUCCCUGUUUUCACAGAACGAAAAUCGGGCGCCGCCUGCGGAGCAAUCUGAACCAAUGGCUAUUGAUCCGCCUUAUAAUGAUACUGAAAAUGCUAUGAAUGACUUGGUCUUAGGUCAAAUCGAUGUAUUGGAAUCGCAUAUGAUGUCGACCGCCGGCAAUUCGGUCCGCCGUUCAUCAGUGAGAAAAAUGGAAAAUGAGGGCGGCAAAAUCCCCGAAAAAGAGUCACAACCAAUGACAGUGGGUUGGGAUGAAUACAUGGUGAUACCGUCUGCACCGAAACACAAACACUUCAUGAUUUCUGGUGUAGAUGUUGAAGAACGUGCAUCGCUCGUUAAGGAAAUUGAAGAAUUAGGCGGCACCGUUUCCUCAUUGAAUAAUUUUGAUCCUUCGGCUACUCAUCUGUUGUGCCAUAAGUUAAACCGCAACGAAAAGCUGCUCGCGUCUAUGGCCAGUGGUUUAUGGAUUUUGCAUAUCUCGUACGCUACAGAUUCAUAUGCAGCUAAAAAAUUAUUAAACGAAGAGGAUUAUGAGUUUGGUAAUCCCAAAGCAAUGCACAAGUUUAAGCUAGAUAGUGAUGCACAGCAGAAAGCAACAGCCGCACGAUAUUGGCGCGAAGAAAUUGGUCGCCGAGGAUAUGGAGCUUUCCACGACAUCAGAGCUAUUGUACUAGCUAACAGGAAGGAGCCAAUGAUUAGGGUUUUGCAGGCGGGAGGUGCUAUGAUUGUUGAUGCCAGCCCACCGUUUGAAGAAAACGUUAGUGCCACGCAUUGCUUCCUGGAAGUGAAGAACAACGAGUUGAGUCCAUUCAUUACUUUAGCGCAACAGGGCAUUCUUUGUAUAAAUACUCUUUACGUUAAUGAUUUUCUUCAGAGGACUGCUCAGGAUAUCAAUGAUUUUAUUCUUCCUGGAUUUCGUAAAUAUUACUAGAGAUUCGUUAAGUUUAAAGUAAAGUAAAUUUAAUUUUAGAAUAAAUUUUUUUUUUAUUUUCCUUGCACAUGAUGUAAAACCCAGUAAAACUGCAUGCUCUUUAUUUUAGAAUCCUACAGUAAGUGUCCUAAAUUGCCUGUUAAAUUUUGUUACCUUAAUUCUCUUUCAAAAAUGUUAAUAUUUUCAAAACUUGGUUGAACUCUACCAUCUCACUAUCUCAUUUGAAAAUAGAGAAAUAUGUUGUUCCACAACGAUGUGUGAUCUUGUUGACUUUGCAUAUUGUUUGUACUCCCUAGGUUUUUUAUCUCUAAAUAAAAAUUUGAAUUUAA